AUGGCACGAACCCUAGAGGAGCCUCGGAAACGUGGUUUGAACCUUCGGAUUUAUGACGAUUCUGGAGCAGUACUUGCUGUGCUACGGAUCCCCGAGGAUACCGCACGCAGAAGUAUCAACCCUGAAAUGCUGUACCGAUACUGUGGGGAAAUCAUGAUAUUCCCCGCCGGUGCCUCCUGGGCAAUCUUUCGGCUGCGUGCAAAUGGAGCGACUGGCCGUCGACUUGAUCAGGGGAGUCCUAGAAUGGUUGAGCCCGGUUACUAUGUCAUCCUCGAUCGGGACCUGAAACCUCUCUCGAUCCGAUUCACAGACAAUGUGGCGCCUCGUCGCAUUCGGACUCGAUCUCCCUCGUCCUCGUCACAGGCCCGGUCUGAGCGUAAUCAAUUGCAAACGAAAUUUCGAAACAGUAUCCGGGCAAGAGACGUGCGUUGUGUCGUCUCAGACACCGUGCCUGAGCCCGAUGAGGAUGCUGAUGAUUCUCCGUUCGCGGCCAUGCAGGCAGUCCACAUCUAUCCAACGAGCCGCAUCAGCGAAUGGAAUCAACACAAUUAUCGCCGGCUAUGGAUGACUGACACUAGGCCUGCUAGCGAGAUUGGCCAAACUGGUCUCUUCUCACCGCAAAACGGCCUGCUCCUCAACACCUACCUCCACGACCUGUGGGACAGUUACAAGUUUGGCAUCGACCCGGAUGCGAACUACAGAGUUAUUUCAUUUACCUCGAAGUCACAGGAGUAUAGCGGGCGUUCUCUCCUGAAUUCUGCCCGUUAUGGCACGCGUGAGGCCAACAACCAUGUCAGUCCAGACUUGUUGCGCUGGCAUUUGCGGAUGUGUCUCUACAAAAACAUGAAAGCGAAUGCAGAGCCCCAUAAUGUGUGGGAAGAAGAUCUUGGCUCGGAUGACAUGGAGGCAAUCCUCUCUCAGCCAGACGCGGCCGAGAGGAUGGAGGUGGAGCUGUUUACACGCCUCGGUGCGCAGGUGGCUUAG